ACUGGCCCAGCUAUUGUGUUUACAGAUAGUUUUCCCGAUGAUUUGAGUUAUACGAUACGAAUGGACAGAAACGCAGUUCCGUCAACUGGUGACGAAUUUACCAAUGCUGGAACUUGUCGGGAUACAUCGCAGGAUAACUUUCCGCCAAUGUAUAACUGCCCCGCAGCGGGUUAUCUUAGAUCUGGUUUCUCCGCACUACAAGUCAUCAUAGACCAUGCCAUUAUUUUAAUGAAGACCAACAAUACAAUUAGUCAGGUACCACUUCCAGAUGCUUAUACAGAGAUGUUCCCUAAAGGCGAAUACCCUGGCUCACCAACGGCUCUGCAGACCACCACCGCUGUUUAUUUUGUGUUAGCGUAUUCUCCAUUCGUCAUCGUCUUACUUUCAAAGAUUGUCGGAGAGAAGGAGAAGAAACUAACUCAGUCGUUGAAAAUGAUGGGAAUGAGGACAGGACCAUUUUGGACCGCUUGGUUUAUCGUGUAUGCUGUAAUGAUUGGCGUCAUAUCCAUAUUUGGAAUCGGCUUUGCUAAAGCUAUUCAAGUUUUUCCGAAUGGAAAUUUUUUCUUGCUGUGGCUCCUGCUAAUGUUGUAUGGAAUUUCAAUCGUCAACUUGGCCUUCAUGCUGACGCCAUUCUUCAACAAAGCGUUGACAGCAGGCGCAUUUGGAGGCUUUUUGGCAUUUUUCCUGGCUGUUGCUUAUAUUCCUCUCGGUCUUAUUUCGGGGAUACCGGCAGCGGUCAAAUGGAUAUUGUGCCUGUUCUCACCAAUUGCUGUUUCGCUUGCUUUAGACUCUGUUGAUAAAAUCUUGAAAGAAGUUGGUCUGGAAAAGCAGGGAGCCACGUAUGCGAAGGAAUUGAGCGGAGGUCAGAAACGGAAGCUCUGUAUGGGUAUCGCACUUAUUGGUGACCCUAAGGUGGUUAUCUUGGAUGAGCCGACAAGUGGUAUGGAUCCAUACUCAAGACGGUCAAUUUGGACAUUGCUGAAAAACAAGAGAGAGGGAAGGGUCAUCCUUUUAACGACGCAUUUCAUGGAUGAAGCUGACAUUUUAGCGGAUCGUAAAGCCAUCAUAAGCAAUGGUAAACUGCGUUGUUAUGGAUCAUCACUCUUUCUCAAGAAUCGAUUUGGUAUCGGCUACAAGCUAAGCAUGGUGACUGAGAUGGAUUGCAAUCAUGAUGCUGUCAAAGAUGUUAUUGUGUCAAAGGUCAGUGAUGCAAAGGUCAUAAGGUCACAUGGUAUGGAGUUGUCGUUCCAGUUGCCGCUGAAGGAUGUCAACUUGUUUGCAGGUCUCUUCAGGGAACUUGAAGUUGAAAAUGCAAAUGGCGUUGAAGCAUCAAAGUCGAUGGGAAUCCAAAGUUAUGGCGUUUCAAUGACGACCUUGGAGGAAGUUUUCCUGAAGAUUGGCGAAGAAGCAGACUUGGAAAAAGAACGAGAGCAAGACGGAUUGGGAACUGAAGGGAGCGCUAAUGAUAACAAUGGCUUCAACCUGGACCAAAGAGAUACAGUCAUUGAAGUACCAGAGGUGGUUCUAGAUUCUUCUGCAUUGGCAACUGAUCCCAUCAAUCCUAGCUUCAAGGCCCAGUUUAAGAGCCUUUUUAGGAUCUUCGGUCUAUUGGUUAUAAGAAACCCUUCUACUUACGUUGUGCGAUUCAUUAUGCCAAACAUUUACAUGGUAAUUGGCGUUGUUAUGGUGCUGGUGAUUCCUACGAGUAACAACGAUAGUCUGAAUCCUCAAAAAAUCCACCUCUCCAGAGAUUUGUACUUACAAAACCUCUCAGGCUAUCCCGAAACCAAGACCGAGCUACUCUACCAAAAUUCCCUCCCAACAGGCCAAAAUAUCAGUUCACUGGUGUCGGAGUUUGAUCGGUUGGACAUCAAGAAUGGAGAAAUGAAAAACUUCAGCUCGUUGCUUUCGGAUGCCCCUCAUCACCAGGCUGUUAACGCCAAAAAUUUGAAUAAUUUUUCAUUUGUAGCACACUACAACGAUACAGCCAUUCAUUCCUUACCAAUCCUCAUAAACAUUCUUAUGAACUCUCUCUACGGCCUGUUGGACAGCAACCCCGGUAACAUCAGUGUAUCAUCACAAGAUUUCCCGUCUGUUGGCUCGGGUGAUUAUACAUUUAAUGGCGCUGUUGUACUAGCUGUGCUCUUUGCUGUCUCCCUUAAUUUGAUUCCGCCUUAUUUUGCAGUCGAUAAGGUCAAAGAUCGUGAGUUGAAGACAAGAGCUCAGCUACGAGUGUCUGGCGUAACAAUGCAGACGUACUGGGUAACAUGGCUGGCAAUUGAUGUUGCGUUCUACGCACUUGCCUGUCUGAUUGGUAUCAUCGUAAUUCUAGCUUUCCAAGUCGACGCCUUUAUGAAUGCAGGCGCUAUGAUUACGUUUCUGUUGUUGCUCAUUACAUAUUUACCGGUGUCUACAAUAUUUGCGUACUGUGUGUCGUUCAUGUUUGACAGUUUUGAAUCGUGUCAAGCAGUCUUGCCGUCAUUUUAUUCAUUAGUUCCAACUGUUAUAGCAGUUCCUGUAAUUGUCCUAGAUUUGAUGGGUACAACAGGAGCAGCUGCUGCUAUUCAUUUGGUGUUUGCGUUGCUUUUCCCGCCCUACGCAAUUUAUGGCGGAAUUUAUUAUAUUGUGAAGAUUUACGAGUGGGAACUUCUUUUUUCAAGAGCAGAUGACAUUAAAGCAGGGGAUUACUUCAAGUUUGAUGCAUACAUUAUCCCUACAAUAUUAAUUCUCUUGGUGGACUUGGUCUAUAUGUACUUUUUCCUCCGUUGGUGUGAGAUAAUGAAAACCGGAGGAGACUGGAAGGAUGCCUUUUAUUGUGGGUCAACUGAUAUUAAGUACAGCAAGAUCAAUGAUGAUGUGAUAGAAGAUGAAGAUGAGGAUAUUGUUGAAGAGAGGAAACGGGUAAAAGAUAUUCUCAUGAACAACAAGCCGUCUGCCUUGGUGGUCAGUGAUCUACGACGAGAGUUCAAUUUGAGGAAAGACAAGAAGACCAAGGCUGAAGGUAAGGUGAAGGUAGCUGUGAGAAAUGUCUCGCUAGCUGUAAGUCCUGGUGAAGUCCUUGGCCUUCUUGGUCCAAACGGUGCAGGAAAGACCAGUACAAUGAAUGUAGUCACUGCAGAUAUUGAACCAACCAAAGGACAGGUGAGAGUUGGUGUGAAUGACAUUGCUUCGUCUCUGAGUGAGGCUUACCAGACCAUGGGCUACUGCCCUCAGGUUGAUCCUCUGUGGCCUGACUUGACGGUCCGAGAACACUUGCAGGCCUAUGGCGCCAUCAAAGGACUCUCAAAGGAAGAUGCCGCUAAAAUUGGAAACCACUACAUGGAGGGCUUGAAGAUUAGUGAACACGCCGACAAGAAAAUUAAAGAAAUUUCUGGAGGUACAAAAAGAAAGGUGAGGAAAACAAAGAUAAUAUGUCUAGGGACCACCCAACACUUGAAGGACAAAUACGGUGGAGGCUAUCUCUUAGAAGCUAAGCUGAACCUUGUUGCUUUCGCAAGGGGGGCCGGGGACACGACAGCCCUCCUGGAAGAUAAACUGACAAAGUUCAUCCGACAUGUGCGUACCUUCUUCCCCAGCGCUGAAGUCAUUGAGUGCUUUUCAGAACGUGUGACUAUAAAAGUACCGAGAGAUGAAGUGAACUCGCUGGCUAAAGUUUUUGAGAUCAUGCAAGAAGGAAAAUCUGAGUUUGAAAUUGAAGAAUACAGCUUUAGUCAAUCCACCCUUGAACAGGUAUUCAUAGAGUUCGCUAAGCAACAAGAAGAGAUUGAUGAGGAAAAUGAAGAGCCUACACAGGAGAAUGAAAUCCACCGAUCAAGGAGAGUCCAGCCUAAACCACAAAGACAAUACUCACAAAUAUCAGUUAACUAAAUAUAAAUGGUUGCUGGGAUACUAUAUCAACUCCUUGUUGUUCAAUAAUUUGUCGGCUCACUAUAUUAAAGCAGAGGAACACUCUCACGCAGGAGAGAUUCUACCAUACAACAGAUAAAAUUCAUUUUAAAAAAGAGAUAAUAGUAAUGGAAUUAAAAAAAAAAAAAAAAAAAACCUAGUUAAAGUUUGUUCAUGGUUGCCUAGAUCACUGUUCAGAAAUAUGUGGUUUCGGAGAUAAUGGCCAAAACAUGUUGGAAUGUCAAAUUUUUCGAAAUCUAUUUUAAACUAAAUUUCAUUUAUAUAUACAUCAUGCUGUGUUUUGUUAUUUUUCUCAUUUCUGACAUUAAAACAACUUUUAUUAAUGAUUUAGUGAUAGUCUCUACCUGAGAAAUGGGUGAAAAAUUUGAAGGCUGAUUUCUCAAAAACUGUACUUUAAACAGCUUUAUGUUUAAACUUCUGUAACUUCAUAACAAAAUGUCGGAUUUAAAUGGUUCUUCUACCAUUUCAUAACUAUUAAUUUACUGCUUAACCCUGUAUUAAUAACUAUUUAAUGUAAUCAUUGCCUAGAUAAUGUAUGUAUGGCCCUGACACAUCAUUUGUUAUAUGUUUUCUAGUAUUGUAUGUGAUUUCAGUGGUUUAAUGGUAUUGUAUUAAUAUAUUUUAUUUGUGAUCAUGCAUUGAGUGCAAUUCAGUGAUUUUUAAUAAUUGUCUUUCAUCGUAUUUACAAAUCUACUUCUGAAUCUAUAUUUUUUAAUUAUGUAAUAUUGAUUAAUUAUAAUAAUAUUUUUGCUACAUUUUUACAUUUAUUUAAUAUAAUAAAUGCAAUUUAAAUAUUUUUUAAUAUUGAAGCUGCGAGUAUAUGGUCAUGGUACCUGAGUUGUGUGGCCGCUACCAAAAUUUGACACUUCUAGAAAAACCUUCAUGCACUGUUAUUAUACCACUUUAUGCUAAGUUUUGAUAUUAAUUUCUACAGAUAUUAGUGUUAGGCCAUCAAAAAACAAGGGGUUUUCUAGUUAAAAAUGGUAGGCUGGCUGCACAUUAUAAGGUGGUCAUGGGCAGAAAAAAAAGAUUGAUCACCAUCGGGCUGCACUUUUCUCACCUUUGCACUAGAAGCUAAGCAUUAGGCCUAUUGCCUGAUAGUCAUGUGUUGACACAUCAUUUUUAAGUAUUGUUUAUUUUAUUGCAUGCAAUAUGCAUUUGUGAUAUUUAGAAUAGUUUUUAGGUAGUUUGUAUUUUCAUAUUCAUUUUACCUAAUAUUAAAAAUCUGGGUCUGCAUGUUUAGUUUGGUUUAUAUACAGUGGUAUAGGCCAAUUCAUUUUAGUUACAAAUACAUAUUAUCAAUUGUGUUAACUUAUAUAUGUGUUAUCAAGUUGGUUUUUUUUAAAUUAAAACUGUAAAAUUGUAUACUUCAAUUCAUAAU